AUGGCAGCUCGGGUGUUCUCGGUGUGCUCCCGAGGGCUGGACGAGCAGCUCUGCCGGCCGGACACUGGCGAGUAUUUACACUCCGGGCCGCGGCCGGCGCCCGGGCAAUCGAUACCCGCGUCGAGACGCCUCUCCGGGCGUCAGCUCCUGUUCGCGGCGCUGCGCGAGUCUGCGCGAGCAGGGGGGUUAGUUAGACCAAAGGCAGGAGGCAAGAGGGUUAGUUGUGCUAAAGGCAGGAGGCGGGCCAGUGCGGGCCCGGAUGAACAUUGCCCCGGGCGCGGGGGGCUGGCGGGCAGGGCGCGGAUAAAUUGCGUUCACCGGGAGAUGGGGCAGGGGGCGGGCGGCAUGGCAGUGCUGACGACGGCCUUCGACUCCCCGCUGAGAGGCCCCAGCUUCCUGCUGGAGCCGCCCGCGCGCCUCGAGUUCUCCAACUCGAGCGGCGGCUGGCUGGACUGCUCAGCCUCGGGCAGCCCGCCGCCCGCCGUCGACUGGCUCGGCGUCGACGGCAGCCCCGUGGGCGACGUGCACUCGGUGCGGCGCGUGCUGCGCAACGGCACGCUGGUGCUGCUGCCCUUCCCGCCCGCCGCCUACCGCCAGGACAUCCACAGCACCGUGUACCGCUGCGCCGCUGCCAACGCCGUCGGCCGCAUCGUGAGCCGCGACGUGCAAGUGCGCGCGGUGGUGGCCCAGGCGUACAGCGUGGACGUGGAGGUCCUGGGGGCUUCUCGCGGGUGCACAGCAGUACUGCGCUGCGCCGUGCCGUCCUUCGUGAAGGAGCUGGUGCGAGUCGUGUCCUGGCUGCAGGAGCCAUCCUUCUACGUCUACCCCAGCCUGCAGGGAGACGGCAAGUUCCACCUGCUGCCGACCGGCGAGCUCCUGGUGCACAACGUGGAGUUCAGCGACCAGUUCCCGACCUACCGCUGCCGCACCAUGCACCGCCUCACCCGCCAGGUGGUGGUCAGCUCUCCGGCCAGCGUGCGGCUCGCAGAGCACCGGGGCAUCGUGGCGCCGGCCAUCGUGGAGCACACCGGCACAGUGCACGUGGCUGAGGACGAGGGCGCCGUGCUGCUGUGCCUGUCCCUGGGCUGCCCUACGCCGGACUACAGGUGGUACAGCCUGCAGCCGGGCCCGGACCCCUCGCCGGUGCUGCCCAGCCCCCGCACGCGCCUGCUCGGCCCCAUCCUGGUGCUGGAGGCGGUGACGGCGGAGGACGCCGGCCUGUACCGCUGCGCUGCCAGCAACCCGGGCGGCGAGGCCAGUGCCGAGCUGCGCCUGCUGGUGUCCACGCCGCUGCAGGUGGAGGUGUCUCCCGCCUCGCUCAGCGUGCACCUGGGGGGCACCGCCGAGUUCCGCUGCGUGGAGACCUCCAGGGGCGCCGGCGGCCCGCUGCUGGUGUCCUGGUACAAGGACGGGCGCCCGCUGCCGGGGGCGGCGCGCGGUGCGGGGGACCGCCUCGUGGUGCCGGGCGUGGGGCGCGACGAUCGCGGGAUGUACCAGUGCCUGGUGCGGCGCGCCGAGGGCGAGACGGCGCAGGCCUCCGCCGAGCUGCAGCUGGGCGACGCGCCGCCCGUGCUGCUGUACAGCUUCAUAGAGCAGACACUGCAGCCGGGACCUGCCGUGUCGCUCAAGUGCAGCGCGUCGGGGAACCCCACGCCGCACAUCUCGUGGACGCUCGACGGCUUCCCGCUGCCCACCAAUGGCAGGUUCGUGAUUGGCCAGUACGUGACGGUGCACGGUGACGUCAUCAGCCACGUGAACAUCAGCCACGUGACCGUGGAGGACGGAGGGGAGUACACUUGCUCGGCCGAGAACAGAGCGGGCGCCGCCGCGCACUCCGCCAGGCUCAACGUGUAUGGUCUGCCCUACAUCAGGCUGAUCCCCAAGGUCACGGCCGUGGCGGGGGAGACCCUGCGCCUCAAGUGUCCCGUGGCCGGAUACCCCAUCGAGGACAUCCGCUGGGAGAGAAGCGGACGCGAGCUGCCCGACGACCUGAGGCAGAAGGUGCACCCGGACGGGACCCUGGUGGUCUCGCAGGUGGAGAAGACCAAAGACGCCGGCGUGUACACGUGCACCGCCCGCAACAAGCAGGGCCACAGCGCGAGGCGCAGCGGCGAGGUGGCCGUCAUCGUUCCCCCCAAACUUAGCCCGUUUACCUCUGACAGAGCGCAGCACGUGGGGGAGCGCGCCAGCCUCACGUGCUCGGUGACGCGGGGCGACGUGCCGCUCACCAUCUCGUGGCUCAAGGACGGCCGGCCGCUGGAGCAGUCGCGCCGGGUGUCCAUCUCGCAAGUGGACCCCUUCAAUAGCAUUCUCUUGAUUGAAAGUUUGUCUCCCGAUCACAACGGCAACUACUCGUGCGUAGCGCGCAACCUCGCGGCGGAGGUGUCCCGCUCGCAGCUGCUCACGGUCAACGUUCCUCCUAUCAUUGAGCCUUUUUCCUUCCAAGACGGGCUUUCCGAGGGCAUGCGCACCCGGACGGUGUGCGGGGUGAGUCAGGGGGACGCCCCGCUCGCCAUCUCUUGGCUGAGGGACGGCGUCGCGCUCGCUCCGCAGCCCGGGGUGAACGUGUCGGCGCUCGAUCCCUUUUCUAGCCUUCUCAGCAUUUCUAGCCUUGCUCGCGCCCACUCGGGCGACUACACGUGCGUGGCCGCCAACGCGGCGGCCGAGGUCAGGUACACGGCCAAGCUGCAGGUCAAAGUCCCGCCCCAGUGGGUGGUGGAGCCCUCAAACGUCAGCGUGGAGAGGAACAGACACGCCAUGCUGCACUGCCAGGCGCAGGGCGUGCCGCAGCCCACCGUCACCUGGAAGAAGGCCACAGACGGCAAGGCCGGAGAGUACCAGGAGAUCCGAGAGCGCUCGCACACCAAGCUGCUGGGAAACGGCUCGCUGCUGCUGCUGCAGAACUCGAAGGAGGACCGCCAGGGCUUCUACCUGUGCCAGGCCAGCAACGGCAUCGGCACGGGCAUCGGCAAGGUCGUCGAGCUCAAGGUCAACUCGUCGCCGUACUUCUCAGCGCCGUCGAGGAUCGUGACGGUGAAGAAGGGUGACACGGCCACGCUCAGGUGCGACGUGAGCGGUGACAAGCCGGUGAACGUCAUGUGGCUCCGCGGCGGCAAGAUGGAGCUCAGCCCAGCGUCCAACUACAGGGUGUCGGUGAAGCAGGACUCGACCCCCGAUGGAGUCAGCGCGGAGCUGCAGAUCGACGGUGCUGAGGCAGGGGACAGCGGGGCCUACUUCUGCCAGGCCAGCAACAUGUACGGGCGGGACCAGCAGCUGGUGCAACUGCUGGUGCAAGAGCCACCCAAGAGCCCCGUCGGGCUGGAGGCAGUGCAGGUGGGCAGUCGCUCCGUCAAGGUCCAGUGGCAGCACCAGGCGGACGCCAGCGAGGUUACCCGCUUCCUUCUGGAGUACAAGGAGAUAGAUGGCAGCUGGGAGCAGCUGGAGCUGGGCGGCACGCCCCUGCCCCUGAGCGCCGUGCUGGAGGACCUGAAGCCCGCCACGCGCUACGCCCUGCGCGUGGUGGCGGAGGGGCCGGCGGGGCGCAGCGCCCCCAGCGCGGAGCUGACCCUGCGCACGGAGCCCCAGCGCCCCGCCGGGCCCCCGCGCGCGGUGUCAGUGCGACCCGUGUCCUCCACGGAGCUGCUGGUCACGUGGGCUCCCCCCUCGCCCGAACUACGUCAUGGCGAGGUGCAGGGGUACAACGUGGGCUACCGCGAGGCCAGCGCGGGCGGCGGCAGCUUCAACUUCACCUCCGUGGCCGGGGACGGCGAGGAAGGGGCAGGGGAGCUGCUACUCGGGGGCCUCGCCAAGUUCGCUCGCUACUCGGUGGUGGUGCAGGCCUUCAACCAGGUGGGGUCGGGCCCGCUGUCGGAGCCGGCCUCCGCGCAGACCUUGGAGGACGUGCCCAGCAUGCCGCCCCAGGACGUGCGCUGCGCGGCGCUGACGUCACAGUCGCUGCAGGUGAGCUGGCAGCCGCCGCCCACCUCGCACUGCAACGGCGUGCUGCAGGGCUACAAGCUGCACUGCGAGCCCCUGCAGCAGGACCUCGGCCCAGGCGCGGACGAGGUGGAGGCGCGCAAGACGACGGCGCUGACGGCCGUGCUGACCGGGCUCAGGAGGUUCGCCAACUACAGCAUCCAGGUGCUGGCGUUCACGCGCGUGGGCGACGGGGUGCCCUCCAAGGCCCUCUACUGCGCCACCGAGGAGGAUGUUCCAGGCCCGCCGGCGGACAUCAAGGUGGUGGUCAGUUCGGCCCAGUCGCUGCUGGUCUCGUGGCUGCCCCCCGCCGACCCCAACGGGAUCGUCACAAAAUACAACCUCUACACUAGGAUCGUGGACGGGCGGGACGAGCUGAACCACGCCAAGCUGAGCCUGGGCAGCCAGCACGCCAGCUACGAGGCGCAGGGCCUGCAGCAGCACGUGGAGUACCAGUACUGGGUGACGGCGUCGACGCGCGUUGGCGAGGGGCAGAGCUCCCGCGUCGCGUCGCAGGUGCCCACCAGCCGCGUGCCGGCGCGCAUCUGGUCGUUCGGGGGCGCCGUGGUGAGGCCGUGGCGGAGCGCCGUGGCGCUGGGCUGCGCGGCCGUGGGGCAGCCCGCGCCGCGCCGGCUCUGGCUCCGCGGGGACCGGCCCCUGAGGCCCCAGGUGUCUGACGCGGGCGAGCUGCUGCUAUCCGGCCUGCGGCGCUCGGACGCGGGGAACUACACCUGCCGGGUCGAGAACCCCCACGGCAGCGACCACGUCACGUACCGCCUGGUCGUGCAAGUGCCCCCCGCUGCGCCGACCCUGUUCGUGACAAGCGCCACCAGCAGCAGCAUCCUGCUGCACUGGAAGGCGGGGGGAGAGGGCGCGGCGCCCCUCACGGGGUUCCUGCUCAACUACCGGCGCGCGGCCGGCGACCUGGAGGAGAUCAACCUGCUGCGCCGCGCCUCCAGCCACGAGCUCAAGGGGCUGUGGUGCGGCACCACGUACCAGCUGUUCCUCACGGCCAGCAACAGGAUCGGCACGUCGCCGCCCAGCGCCACGGUGGCGGUGCGCACCCAGGGGCAGGCCCCCGGGGUGCCCCCGGCCGCCGCCUUCGUCGCCCCCAACUCCACAUCCGCCGUGCUGCGGCUGCACGCCUGGCCCGACAACGGCUGCCCCGUCGCGCACUUCUCCGUGCGGUACCGCCCCUCCGCGUCCCCGCACUGGAUCCUCGUGUCGAACGCGCUGAAGCCCCAGCGCAGGUACACCAUCUCCGGGCUCGCCCCCUCCUCCGUCUACCAGCUGAGCGUCGAGGCCACCAACACGGCCGGCUCGACGUCGGCCGAGUUCACCUUCGUCACGCUCACCAAGGACGGAGACAGCCCGCCGCCCCACCUGACGAGGAGGGAUCCGUCCGCGCCGGCCUUCUACUCAGACGUGCGUGUGGUGGCGCCCAUGCUGGUGGCCGUGCUGGCGCUGGUGUGUGCCGCCGCCGCGGCCGGCUUCUGCUGGAGGAACAAGCAGACGCGGCCCCAGAAGGAGUCCCUGGACAACCAGCAGAACGCGGAGACGCAGCGGGAGCGCUACUACGCGACCAUCCACAAGGUGGCCCUGCAGGCCGGCAACGACAAGAUACCAGAGACAUCGGAGGACAUCUCGCCGUACGCCACCUUCCAGCUGGCGGGGCCGGGCGUGGACCCGGGAAACACGCUGCUGCACAGCUUCAUGUACCACGAGCAGGCGGUGACGGAGGGCUGCGCUUCCCCGCCCCCCUCCGAGGCCCCGAAGCACGCGGCUCGGCAUAAGGGCGCGCGCAAGACGGACGUGGACUCGGAGGAGUCCGACUCGGACCCCGACCAGCUCACGUCGAGCCGCACAGAGUCGUCCAACCAGCUGGACGCGGGCAAGAUGAAGCACAGUUUCGUCUACCACGGGGCACAGUCGAGCACAUCGUCGGACAUAUCGCCGAUGUCCGAACAAAAGUCGCUGCCCCGAAGAGGAAAACCCAGCCGGUGGCUGGUGCCCGGGAGAGGCGCGCAGCGCACGCUGCUGCCCCUGUCCGUCGCGGAGACGGCGUUCGGGCAGCGCGCGGCGCCCGAGAGCGGGGACGCCCCCGACCGGCCGGAGCUCAGCGAGGCGGAGUGCGACAUCGACACGCUCAAGAAGCUGAAGCUGGGCGUUCGCUCGUCGCUGUGGUCGCGUCCCGCUGGCAGCAGCGCGCAGCACUCGGACUACUCCAUCGCCGUGUAGCCGUGCGGCCGGGCGGCCGGCCCCCCUCCUACCUCUCCCCCCCCCCCCCCCACACGCCCGGGCACCGGUGUGUCGCGGAUGCUCUCCCCCCUCUCCCUCCAGUCAUCGCCAGGGACAAGCUUACAUGGCGGGUCGCGAUCAACCCAAACUGACACCGGAAACCAUCUCAACGCAACGUACAGCACCAGAAUGUAACUGAACGUGAAACCAAGCAGCAUUCAACCGAAGCUAAAUUCGAACGAACUAAAAAAAAAAAAAAUUAAUCUUUCUGGUGUAUGAAAUUUGUACCGAAAUGUUCGGCUCGGAAAAAUUAAUUUACAUAUUUUGUUUCACUGCGUCUCCAGCUAAAAAUCACUUUAAAGCCACAAAUGUUCGGAGGUUUAAUUUUCUCGUGCUGGAUGUAUCCGUUUGAAUGGACUUAAUACAAAUUAUUUUUUAUCGUGAAAAUUCAGCAUGUAAGCACUACGCUAUUUCGGUGGAAUAAGUAUAGGGAUUAUAAAACAGAAACACCAACAUCAUCUGUUUUAAAAAAGAAAUUGGGCCUAAAAAUAAAAACCAUAAAAGCUUGUCUCUGUAGAUUGCACCCGAUUGGCUCGACCUUUGUACUUCCUUGUUUAUUUCUCGCUCGAGAUUGCCCGGGGCAUUUCGAGACAACUGUGUUCCUGUCAUCGAGGUGAAACACAUAUGCAAGCAUGUUUCAAGUUACUUUGCUCCUGUGUAUGCAUCCGCGAGAUCCAUGUGCUGCUAGCAAUACAGUAAAAUCGUGUUAAUUUAAAGUACUCGGGACUAACAAAAUUUGUGACUGUGAUAUCUGUUAUUUAGAAUUAUCAGAAUUUUAAAAAAAAUUAUAACAUGUUUGGAAUCUGUCCGUAUUCCAGCAUGUGGUAUGUUCUGUCUUUCAGUACUAGAAAACAAUGUUCAUAGUACUGCAGUACGGUGUUUGGAGUUCUUGCAUUUGCCAGAUGUAUCUGUUUUAUAAUUCCAAACAUAAUUUUAAUUAUGUGCAUGUAGCACUGGAUAGCUUGUUGUCAUUUUAUUACUUUUUUCAAUAUUUACAAAAUAUUGAAAAAGUAAUAGUUGUUGAAGGAAAUUUAGUUUGAAUCAUAUAUUAUAAAAAUUUUGAAAACAUCCAGUUAAAUUUAAAUUAAUUUUAAUUAUGGGUAACAAAGUCUGAAGUACUUACCGAGUUCAAAUUAACGAGAUUUUACCGUGACAACGAAAUUGUACAAUAACACUGCAUCUACGAGAAAAUCACAUCAAUAUUAUGAACUGUAUUUUCAUUGUGACCUAAAACUGUUUUUACUGUUAAGUAUUCCUGUAAUAUACUGAGAUGCUUGAUUGAUAAUUGAUACAUGGUUGCAAUCACAUAAUAACAUGUACAGACACUUGUUUAAUUAGCAGAAUCUCUUUAUCAUGCAGGUUCUUUUGAGUGAAGUUUUGCUGUAACCUUAAACUGUUACAUUUGUUUUGGAACAGCAACAACUUCUUUCUCAAUUGUGAACAAUGUAUUAGCGAAAUGCCAGUGUGGUACGUUCAUGUGUAAUUGAACUCUUUUUGGAGCCCGGCUUAGGACGCGGGUGCUUGCUUUAGUUCUGCUUCCCAAUGUCGGGGAAGUUUAACAGUGUGUGAUGCAAAAGAGCUGUGAAACAUAGGAACCUACCAACUCAAAUAGUUCAAUAUAGCUCUCUUCGGGAAAUAAUUAAACGUUGUUAGAAAAUAAACAAUUUAUUAACUAAUCAAUCACUUGACAAGUUUUUUCAUCUAAGAAAACCUUCAAUGAUUACUCGUGUUUUAUGACUUCCCCCCCCCCCCCCCCCCUCCUCACAAUAAGCUGUACAUUUUGAUUUCGCCACGACUCACUGUUGCAGCUCUAAAAAUUCUUGCACUUGUGAUCAGUUGAAAUAAUUUAUUAGUUUGUAGUAUUUCAGGUCAUCGGUAACUGCAUUUGCCUCACCCCCCCCCCCCCUCCUUUUUUUAUUAUUAUUAUUGUUCCACUUCUAGAAUGUCUUAACUGUAGGGUUGUGCACUGAGCCAAGCCGUGGCUGGUAGAAGAUAUCGCCUGUGUCAGCAGAGUGUUUUUAUCUGAUUUAUUUAUUUAUUUAUUUAUAAUUGCGACAUGCCUAACCUACAGGUCUCGAUUGGCUGUCGGCUUGCCGAGGUGCGGUUCAGGUGGAAGUGAACACAGUUCCGUAACGUGGGCUUCAAGGAGAGUUCUGCCCAGUGUGAUUGUAGCACGCGCUGUUAUUCCCGUACCAGGCAUGUCUUGUGACAGCCAUGUUCUUAAAAGCAAGAGAUGGGACAGUGAAGACAAAUGUAUGGUUUGAUCCUUGUUAGAGGACAAAACCUUAUGGUGAAAAUGUUAGAUUAUUUUUGCCCAAAAUUAAAUGCGGGUAAAUACAGUACCUAUGCAGGAAAUUUUUCCGUAUUAUAUGAUGCAUAAAAAAAAACUAUAUCUGGUAUUUUAUUGUCCCAUCUCUAUUAAAAAAACAGUUGAAUAAUGCCAUUGUCUCUAUGAGUCUGUAUUGUUUUGUAAAGCCUUGUUGACUAGAGUAAACCAUAGUUUCUGUCAUCAUGUUAUAAUAAUGUUAACAUGUGCUUAAAAAAUAACAGUGUGAUAGGUAACUGUUUCAUAAAACUUCAGUGUGUCCACAUAAAUGUGAAAACAAAUUACCUAAUUUUUCCCUGGCCAAAAUUCAAAUUUAAAAUAUUUUACCUAUUUUUCAAUUUUAUUAAAGAAAUAAAGAAAAUUCAACCUCCACCAUCGCGAUAGCUGGCCUAGUAACAAAAAAAAAAACCUUGCGUAUGGAAUUUUUUAGUAUGAAUGACUUUGCACGAAAACACUGUCUGAAAAAAAAAUCACAUUCCUAGUGGUAGCGGACAUUUCCCCUUGAAAUUACUAUUAUAAGGGUUUUCCAUGUUUUUUCCUUCAGGAAUUCACGUUAAUUCCCUGAUUUUACUUCGCCUGUUCCGUUCUUUGCUGAUUUUCCAAUAUGUGGAUCCUCUGUAAAGGCAUACGCUGUCACCAAGCAUGGUUUCAGUUGAAUGAGGGAACGAAAGGGUUUUUUGGAAAUUGGUUUGCAAGAAGAAAAAGAUGUGGUGAUAAGAAAUUUUAAUUAUUUAGCAAUAUUGCUCAGCAAAUGUUAUUUUACAUAUUUUGUUUAGUUCCCAAGGGAAAUGUAAGAAGCAAACAUCUUUGAGAUAGUGCACUCAUAAGAGUGAGAUGGUACCAAUCACAUUGUUUAAAUGAUGUACAGUAAAACUCUGAUUAGAACUUUAAGGAACUUAAAAAAUUUAGGUUAACUAAGUCAGGAAACUUUUGAAAAGAGUUUAACAACAUUAUGUUGAUAAACAAAUGCAAAAUUAUACUAACUCAUCAGGCAGGAAAUAAUCUUAAGUGGGCAUUUUUUUGUGAAAUACUGUGUCAACAAGACUUAUUGCACGAAACAUGCAGAACAUGUAACUUGUUAUAUGUAAUAGUGUUGGUUUUUCUUGUAGUAAUAUUGCCCAGUUUAUGCUGUGUGGGUUCUGACUGAUGACAUAUUUUACUGUUUGGCUUGGCAAUCUCCUGGCAUACCGAGGUCUGCCGGUCCCGUGUAUCGUCUGACGCAUUCAGAAGAAACCAAGCAUAACACUUUUUAUAUCAUUCUAUUGAGAAAAAGAAAUUUGUUCUUUAUGAUGUUAAUAAAACAUGGUGUAAAUAUGUAAAUACGUAGUUUAUAAUUAAAUUAUAUUUACAAAGAGUU